AUGCGGGGCAGCAGCAGGAAGCCAUCGAAGCCAGGGUGCCGGCCUGCUGUGCUGCGCACCGACCGCCUUCCGCUACCCGCCCCUCCCUCCACCACCCCGCCUCCCCUGCUCCCACCUUCUGCACCACCUGCUGCACCCUCUCGCCCCAAACUCUCACUCUCACUCGCUCUUCCAUGCUGCCACGCACUGCCAACUGUCACACCCUCUGCUGCCGCUGCUGUUGCGCUUUCAUGUGGCCGAGGGCUCAUCUUCCCCUGGCCUGCUGUUGCGCUUUCAUGUGGCCGAGGGCUCAUCUUCCCCUGGCCUGCUGUUGCGCUUUCAUGUGGCCGAGGGCUCAUCUUCCCCUGGCCUGCUGUUGCGCUUUCAUGUGGCCGAGGGCUCAUCUUCCCCUGGCCUGCUGUUGCGCUUUCAUGUGGCCGAGGGCUCAUCUUCCCCUGGCCUGCUGUUGCGCUUUCAUGUGGCCGAGGGCUCAUCUUCCCCUGGCCUGCUGUUGCGCUUUCAUGUGGCCGAGGGCUCAUCUUCCCCUGGCCUGCUGUUGCGCUUUCAUGUGGCCGAGGGCUCAUCUUCCCCUGGCCUGCUGUUGCGCUUUCAUGUGGCCGAGGGCUCAUCUUCCCCUGGCCUGCUGUUGCGCUUUCAUGUGGCCGAGGGCUCAUCUUCCCCUGGCCUGCUGUUGCGCUUUCAUGUGGCCGAGGGCUCAUCUUCCCCUGGCCUGCUGUGCGCGGGCAGGCAGCUGGCGAUGCCAGCGGUGCAGGCAGAGGAGCAGCAGCAGGGGAGGUGGCCGGGGGGGCAGGGAGUGAAGGGGAGAGAGGGCGAGAGGCCAUGUGGGAUGGACCCAGUGAAGCCAGGUGGGCGGCGCAGCCAGAUCUCCUCGUGCAGGCUGCCCUGUAG